AUGAUAGUGGAAAUUACUCUUGUCUUGCCAAAAAUUGCUUUGGAGAAGUCCGAAAAUCUCAAAAACUUAUCGUUAAAGACGCCCCAGCCCGUGGUCAGCAGUAAGAUAACUUUUGAUCCGAAAUUGGGUUUUAACAUUGAAAAAUCAGAAUCCACAGAUAUUAAUAACUACACUUGUGAAGUUUAUCAAGAUGUUUUUUUGCGAAAAAUACAUGUCAGUCUCUCAAUCACUAAAAAAGAGCUGGAAAAACCAGUGAUCAAUAUUAAUGGCUUGGAACCCGUUGUUGAAGAAUCUACAUUGAACGUUAACUGUAGGAUUAAAAUUGAAAAAAAUAGCCCUUACGACAUCUUCUGGGAGACUCCUGCAAAUUCGAGUUCCAGGACAAUUUUCAACUACGUAGAAGAAAAUGAAAGUUUGUUUUCGUUGGUGACAUCUAAACUCGUUCUGACUAACGUGAUUUUCAGUAAUGGAGGAUAUUAUUCUUGUCGAGUAACAUCCCGGCUCAGUGAAGAUCAGAAAACUAAUAUCUAUAUAACAAUACACGAUCAUGAUUAUACAUACCUCAAUUUAACGUAUAAUAGAGGGAAAGGAUACUUUGCAGUAGAAUCUGGCAAUCCCGUAAUUUUUAUUGCUGACGUAGAUGCGUUUCCGAAGCCAACUCUUAAGUGGCAGCGCCCACGAAGAAAUGUUAUGAAAUUGGGAAAAGAUUUUAUCAUAUCGCAUACCACGUCCACGAGCAGUUUGAUGAUAUUCAGACCAACAAAGAUUAACCAAGGCACUUACAUUUUGAGGGCGAGCAACAGUGCUGGAGUAAAAUCCUUAUGUUUCACUCUUAAAAUUUACAAGCCAAAUUGCUUGCCAACUAUCUAUAUUUCUGAUGUUGAUGGCGCUAAACCUUUUUACGAAAUGAAUAAAAAUGCAACGUUCAGGUGUACGAGCCAUUGUUCACCUAAGCCCAAUGUAACGUGGUUCUACCAAGAAUGCCCAACAUAUUAUUCCGACGAGGGCUGCAAGGACUUUGAGUUUGAGUUAGAUGAGGGUAAACCGUCACUGGCACGAGUUAGAGGCUCGUCACGUUUUAGUUCCAGAAAAUCUGGUACUUCAGAAUCAUCAUCAUCAGAGGCGACCCCAGCAAAUUCAGAUUCAAAAGCUACUACUAAAGCAACAAGAUUUUCAACUACUCGCAAAGUCCCGUCCAAACGUUUUGGUGGACACACAACUGUAGCCUCUGCUGCUAGUGGAAGUGUUAUCGGUGGUAGCACUGCUGCCGUGAACAAAUCAAGUACAGACCACAGUCUUCCGAAGUCUCGAAUUGAAGCUGCUCUUCAACGCCGUGCCGAGAAAUUGAAAACAAAUCCUCAGAAACCUCAUCCUCAUGGCUUAGUAAGAAUACCCAUUCGCAAAAUAGGACAAAAAGGACAAACUCCAGAGCCAGAGAAGUCUACUACAAGUAGCAGUAGUAUAGAAAGUACAGAAGAAGAGACGGAAGAUAAUGAUAAAAAGUAUUUGCCGGAUAGUGAAGAUGAAAAAAGUGCUAAGGAGGAUGAAGAUGUGGAUGGCAUCGAGGCCCCAAAAGGUAGUGAAGUCUCACGUGUGGGUGGCCGAGGAACAACUCGAGUUGCAGAAAGAUCAAAAUUAAGAUCAGAUAAUAAUGGGCCUGCAUUAACAACAUCAGUAGACAGUCGCUUAAGAACAGGUAGAAAAAUUCAGAGUCAGACAGUACUAUCCCCUAAACAGUUGAAAAGUAAUGUUCCAUCGAGCUCAAGGUUUUCAAAAGUCAAAACAAAUGAUGAUUCUGAAGUAGAAGAGGUGACUGAUGCUGUCGAAGCUGGGAGCAUACGAAGAAGUUUUGAGGUUGAGGCACCAAAUAUUCACAAAAAUACAGUUACUUAUCAGAAACAUGAUAUUGCAACCUCAGCAUCGGAAAACAUUCGAGUAAAUAUCCCUUUAAAAUUUGAAGAUUCUAAGAAACUAAGUAGUUCAAGUCACACUGAUGAUUUAAUCAAUGAACCAUUAAAACGGCCUAUCAACUUACGUUACAAAGGAAGAAGCAGGCAAACAUUUGACGAUGCAAAAUUAGAAGUUGAAACAUCAUCAACCGAAAGUAUUUCUACGCGUAGUUUAUCUCGAAGGUUUAAAGGUUCUAUAACAGCUGUAAUCCAUGAAAGCUCAACAAAUUCUGUAACUGCACGAAGUCGAGGGCGGCCCUACGAAAGCAGAAAAAGCACUGUAUCUGAUAUCAGUACAUCAACUACUCCUAAGACUUCUAAAACAGAUCUUAGAAGAAGAAACUUUUAUCAAAAACCAACAACUAAGGGACUUGAUACUUCUAAAGCUUAUGAUAACAAUAAAGUAUCUGAAAUUAAAAGCCAUAAUAUAGAAAGUAAGAAGCCUAGUAGACCUAGAGGAAGAUAUAAGGUUGCAGUGCCAUCUACGGCCUCAAUUACAACUACAAAGGGCUUGCCAUCAUCAAGUUCAACAUAUUUCAGUUCCACAUUUCUUAAUCCAACAAUCUCAACAAAUAUGGGGAUAAUUACUCCAUCUUAUCAACCAGAAACUAUUGUAACAACAUCACCAAUUCCAACAAGUCUUGCAACAACAACACCAAGAGCUUCAGUACCAUCAUUCGUUACGACCGUACCCAGUAACACAGAGAUCAACAGAAAUGAUGAAGAUGAUGAAGAACAGGAAAAUACUGGUCUAAGACGUAGAGCUUCAAAAGAAGAUUUCUUUAACCAUGGGUUAGGAUUUCGAGGACGAAGACCAGCAAUUCCUGGAGUAUCUGAAGUUCCAGCCGCAAUUACAACUUCUACAACAAAUACUCUUGAUCCGCAAACUACUUCAAGACCUGAAACACCGCGUGGAAAUCCAGGCUGGACACUUCGACGACGUCCAGGACAUUGGCACGAUGGCACACCAUCGGGUCCAUUUGCAAAUCUAUCUGAAUCACCUAUUUUUGAUGAUCAAGAUAGACAAAUAACAACGACAAUAGCAGUUCCUACUACAACACCAAAGGCAGGAAGAAGAGGUAACAAAACUUUCUCUAAAGGAGCUGGUGGAGGAUCAAAGAUUGAUGAAUCAAGUGACAACGAAAAUUAUCCACCAGAUUUCAAAGCUAGAAUAGCUCAAUUGCAAAAAACUGGCGGACCACCCAGAACACAAACUGAGGAACCACAAUUGCAAACCAGUUCAAAUGUGACGGGUUCUGCAAGUGCAGAUCUCGAACUCGCUCCCUCGGAUAAUGAAUAUCUUGUGGUCACACAAACAGCAGACCCUAUUAGCACAACAACUUCUAAAAUAACACCACCCGAGAUAUUCGCAGCGCGCUCAAAAAUGAAACUGGACGACGCGCGCAAACUGGUCAAACCUGAGCUGAACAUUGACGAGACAAACACGCGCCAAGUGAUUGUCGACCCGUUCGCUCGGUACAUCAAAAGCGAGGACCAGAAUGUCGACGAUUCCGAGGUCGAUGAGGAUCAAAAGGUCAUCAAAGUUGCAAGAAAACCCUCGGCAUCGGCCGAAAAAUCCCAAAGCAGCCAAAAAAACAAGUCUGACUGGAAGCCCUCUAAGCUGAGAAAAGACCUGAAAGACAGCCAGAUUAGAACGCCAAGGUACAAAUUGGUGCAGCAGCACACCACCAACCCAAAAGUUACGUAUAGCAAGAUCGACGGCAAUGGCGAUAACAGCGUCGAGCAGACAACGAAAUCGGCACUAAUGGCCCGAUACCAAGAACACAAGUACAAGUACGUACCUAAGCAGCGGGACAGAAAGUUACGCGGCCCAAAGCCAUCUGAUCUUGGGACUGGAAUCGAAAGUUAUGAACCGAUUCCAACGACCAAGCCACCCUCGACCGAGAAGCCCCUCAAAAUGUUCAUGGUUCGCAAAAACGAGAAAGACCACGUUGAGGACGUGAAGGCCGUGGCGCUGAAACUUCGCAAGAGCCUAGAGAGCAUGGACAAGAACCACACAAGCCGCCCACCGAGGAGGAGUGACUUCUCCGAGGGCUCGACCACCCUUCUAACAACCAUGCGGACCGUCAAGUCCUUCUCUUUCUCGACCCGCCUGGUUAAAAUGGACGAGAGCGAGGCCACCUUGUCGUCGUCCUCGGUGACCACGAAGAUGUUGGAAGACGACGAGCUGAGGCCAACUGGAGUGCCCAUCUCGACCUCCCUCGUCACCGAGAUCGUCACAUUCAACCCUGGGGAGAACAGUGUGACAACGUCUGGUUACGAAAGUGCGCUGAUCUCGAGCGAUCGGCCCAACGAUCUUGCCAACGAGAUCGAGCCACUAGUCAAGAGUGGCACCAACAGUCUUCUCGGCAAUGAAGCCGAGAAAACCGCCUGGAAGGCCUCUGCUGGUGUGGUGGAGUAUCGCGAGCCUCAUGCCGCGGAACUUACCAAUGACACCGGCUCGCCGGUCUUUGUGGUUUACCCGUCGGCAACGGAGAAACCGCUGAGCAUCGCAAUUACUCCUAAAAUCUCCAGGUACCACACGACCGCGAAACAACCUGUAGACACAGCAGUUCAGCAGCCGGCAAUACAGGAGGCUAUGGUAAGCGUGAAAGUCUCGAGCAGCAGCAGCAGCAGUGGUGCCAGCAACACUUUGGCAGAUAUGCAGGGGCCUUUGAUCGGCAGCGCGGGUGAUAGUAAGAAUAUCUUUAAUCCAGCUGAGAGCUCGGCUAUCCUGGAAACCGGCAAUGUUACGAUUUUGGAGCAGCUGAGGAGCACUGUUGCCCCGCUGCUUGGAUCCUUGGGCGCCAAGUCGCCCGUUUUCGCGGGAAUUUACAAGAAUACUAAUAGUGCUAAUUCGUUACCAAGAGUAACACCAAGUGGUGCUCCUCCGAAAUUUAGUGCUAGAUAUAAAGGAGCAGAACUAUUUGUACGACGGCCAACACCUGCAACUAUAAUGUUAUCAGAGAAUAUAGAGUCAGCACCGAAGAUAGAUGUAUCAAGUCCAGGCGAACCAAAAGUUUUAACAUUUUAUCGCGCAGUGAAAUCCACCAGUGGAAUAAAUAAUGAACAGACAGACGGAUCAUCGCGAGCAACCGCCCAAAGGACGGCAGGUAUCACCAAACGACCCAAUCAAAGUUUCACCACAUCAAACCCAAAACUCAACUACCCAUCAUCAUUCGCAUUCUCCUUAAAUACCAUUAAUACCAAUAAGUUAUCCACUAAAAACCUACUACCAUAUGCCUCGGCAAAGACAACGAUCAACCUAGAGUCUGUACCUUCAAAGUUUUUAUCAACAACAAAGGAUUCUUCAAAAAAUCAGCAACUAGCAAACUCUCUUGGAACAUUUGGCACUUUUAUGUCUACACCAGCACCAAUGAUGAGUUCCAGUACCUCUACUGCAGCACCACUCCGAGAUUAUGUAAUUUAUGGAGUCUACCCAAAUAAGACGAUAGUCAGAAAACGCCCAGAAGAUAAUAUUAUUGACCCAAGAAAUGUGGACAGCCCCUACGUAAUAUUUGGAAUCUUCCCCGAUGGAAGACUCAUUCGCAAGUUUCCCAAUGGCACGAUUAUACCGGAUCCUCCCAGCAGUCCAGUAGAAGUUGUAUUUUCUCUAAGUACAACUACCACCACAACUAACAAGCCCAGAUUAAUCGUUAACCAGGCUAGUAAUCAGAAUUUGCGUAACCAGAAUAUCGGCUUCUCUAAUAUUCGUAACCCAAUAGCCAAUGUGAAUGCCCAGAAAGAAUUCUUCGCCCCUAACGAAGUUGAUAAUGCACUCAGUUAUAGUGGACCCACUGGCUUUGAUCUCCCUAUUGCUAGCAUUGUUGGCAAUAAUAAAGCAACGACAACAACGAUUUCAAAAAUGGCAUUUGUAAAUGGUAGUCAACCGGGUGGUCAAACCGUUCUGGACCAUACAAGAAAUAAAGUAUCCAAGACGAAUAAUAGUGACGGGGGUCAAAGUUCGAUAAUUAAAAGUCAGCAUAAUUACGGAAACUAUUGGGCGCAUGAUCAGCCAAACAGUACUCCUAAGAUUGUUAAUGUUAACUUCAACUCUGCUGCUGUCUCCACGAAGGAAAAUUCACAAGUUUCACUUCAAUCGCCCAUUAACUUAGAUAUAUUUCCAAACAGCCAAACUGGUAGCCAAGUAACAGCACCCCCUGGUUUUCCGUGGCAAGAUCCUUUGAAUCAAGUUUUUGGCAUACCCACUGACUCCCCUGUUUCAAGUGGAUCAGUUGCUUCAAACACUAUUGACGACAACAAUUCCAAAAAUGCAGCUAUAUCAGCACGUCCACCGAGUAAAUCAAUAGAGAUUUUUAGCCCUGUAUCAAGUACAAUCAAUUCUCUUAUAAAUAAUCCAACAAAGGCAACAACAAAAACAGUAUUAAUAUCUACGACCAGAAUAAUGCCAACAACUCAAACUUCAACAACUACAACUAGCACAACAACGACAACAACUCAAACUCCAAUAACCACAAGUUCAACGACUUUGCUUCCAAUCACUAUGAGUUCGAACGCUUUUGGGACAACGUUUGACGACCUAGCUUUCUUAAAUGCUUUGUUGGAAAAACCAAGUCAGAACGAAGGCACACCCAAGACCCUCUCAGAAGCAGAACAGUUGCUGGCCAAUAAGAUCUUAUCCUUGGCCCUUGGAAGAUCUUUCAGAGAUGGUAGCCCAACGCGAUCGCCAAAAGCUAUUCAGUUGUCCAACGCAUCCCCAAAUUCUAUUGGGUACAAUAAAGAUUCCGUAUCGACUUUGGCACCAAGUUUCACUGGUUCAUCUUCUCAACCAAUAUUUAUUGAUUUACAAACUUCUACAACAAGAAGACCUUCAUCGACCUCAACAACUCCGUUUACAUGGAAACCUAUCAGAACAUUUGUUAACUUUGGCGAUGACUUACAAACAUCACCGAGUACUCUGACAAGUACGGCAAGUCCCACGACACUAAAGCCAACUACAACAACAUCAACGACAACUACAGUGACUCCAAAAACCACAACAACAACCAAGGAAACAAGUCCUACCACUACGCAGAAAACUACAAUAACUAAAGGGCCUGUUAUCAUAACGGCUAAGCCAGUGACAACAAAAAGGCCAAGACCGGUCACCCAAGCUCCUCCUUUGGGACCAUUUGCCUUUGCAGCAAAUAUUCUACAAAAUAUAUUUGGUCGGAAUCUCUUUAACCCCUUCGCACAGUCAACAACAUCUAGACCAUUUGUCCGGCGACCAUCUUCCACGUCUAGACAAACGGUCUUUACAACACCCAGAACAACUUCGACUACUCCACCAACGACUACAAGGGUGACAACUUCUACCACGACAACAAGAGCUCCGUUCGUGGUACUUGCACAGACGAGUUAUACUCCAAGAUCAAUUCAGAUUGCAAAUAGUGCUGUUGAAGUAACAAAUGGUCAAGUUGCUGCAUCGUCAAAUAUAGUUAGCAAUAGUGGGAGGCCAGUUGAAGUAACUCCAAGGUCAGCAGGUGCCAAACAGUUGACCACCUAUUCUCCCGAAGAGGAUGCUAAGUUUUUAACAGCCCUUCUGAACGCAGCUCGGACUAGUCGGACUUUGGGGACUUCAAAACCAAAACCAGUGCUAAGUACCGAUGAUGAAGCAUUUCUACGAUCAGUUUUUAACAGUCAAUCGAAAAUCAAACCACUGUCAACAGUAGGUGGUAACGACGAGAACGACGCAGCGUUGCUGGCGGCAUAUUUAAAGUCACAAGGUGUUGAGCCAUCGACACCAGGUUCGCUAAAGGAUAUGUUUCAGAAUACCAACUAUGGUGAAAAGAUGUCCGUAACAACGACAACAAAACGACCAACGACAAUUACGACAGAAAGAAGUACGACGAGGACACAGCGACGAAGGCCUUCUAGCUCAACUUACCCCACGCCGUUGUUCAGAUUCGGCGCUUUCGGUAGCAGCGCCGGUAACGGCAUGGGUGAUGAUGAGUCUGACGAAGGAUUCGGACAUACGGUUCGCAAUCAAGUUGUCAAUGCUGCGAUUGGCAUGACUCGAGCGUUUGGUCAGUUCCUUGGUGCUGCCAUAGCGGGAGCCUCCCAGCAAAUCCAGUUUUUUGUUCGAAAUGGAACAAGAUGGGGCUAA